GACCAGCGCGGCGCGAGGGAGGUGAGGUGGAGAAAAAGGAGCGGAGAGACCGUGUGAGAGACGGUCAGAGAAGGAAAAGGGGGGAGGAAGAACCGCUCGAGAAGGAAGACGGUAUAAGCGAUUUAGGGAGGCGGGGGGAACCGUCGGUUUUAAAGGGGGCCUCCAAGCGGGAAGGUUAGCAUCAGCUGUAUGGCUCAGGCGGCUGCUAACGGCGUGGACCAGGACCAGGACCAGGACCUGGACCUGGACCUGGCCACCAAGAGGCUUCACUCAAGGAUGGAGGCCUCGUGUCUGGAGUUGGCAUUGGAAGGAGAGAGGUUGUGCAAGGCAGGGGAUUUUAAAGGAGGGACGGCAUUUUUUGAGGCUGCUGUGCAGGUAGGCACGGAAGACCUGAAGACCCUCAGUGCCAUUUACAGCCAGCUUGGCAAUGCCUACUUCUACCUCAAGGAGUACGGUAAAGCCCUGGAAUAUCACAGACAUGACCUCACAUUGGCCAGAACAAUAGGAGACAGAAUUGGUGAGGGUAAAGCCAGCGGUAACCUGGGUAACACACUGAAAGUUUUGGGACGCUUUGACGAAGCCGUCGUCUGCUGUCAGAGACACCUGGAAAUUUCCCAAGAACAAGGUGAUAAGGUUGGAGAAGGCCGAGCACUGUAUAAUAUCGGGAAUGUGCUUCAUGCAAAAGGUAAACAACAGCUGUGGGGUUGUACCCAGGAACCUGGCGAGCUGCCUGCUGAUGUCAGAGAAACACUGCAAAGGGCAACGAGCUUCUACGAGAUGAACCUUUGUUUGGUCAAAGAACUUGGUGACCGAGCUGCUCAGGGGAGGGCCUAUGGUAACCUUGGGAACACCCACUAUCUUUUAGGAAACUUUGUUGAAGCAAUCAAGUUUCAUCGUCAGAGAUUGUCCAUUGCCAAAGAAUUUGGUGACAAAGCAGCAGAAAGGCGAGCGUACAGCAACCUCGGCAAUGCCCUGAUAUUCCUAGGUCAGUUCAACUCAGCCACGGAGUACUACAGGAGAACCUUGCAGCUGUCGAGACAGCUGAGAGACCAAGUGAUGGAAGCUCAGGCCUGUUACAGCCUGGGAAACACCUACACUCUUCUGCAGCAGUAUGAGAGGGCUAUAGAUUACCACCUGAAACACCUGUGCAUAGCCCAGGAGCUUAAUGACAGGGUUGGUGAGGGCCGUGCCUGCUGGAGCCUCGGCAAUGCUUACGUGUCUUUAGGAAACCUCAAACAAGCUCUGCACUACGCUCGAAAGCACCUGGACAUUUCUAAAGAAAUUAAAGACAGAAAUGGCGAGCUGACAGCGCGACUGAAUGUGGAGCAGCUGAUGGAGGCGCUGGGAGUCAGCGAGAGUGACCUUUCUCCCUGCAGCUCAGAGUUUGAGAUGCAAGGAGCAAGACCUAAAUUCACCAAGAGAAACAGCAUGGACAGCAUAGAGUUGUGGAAGUUCUCUUCAGAUAAGCUGCAGAGCGAUGACAAUCAAGAUUUGGAAAGUAUACGUCGAUCCAAAAGUCAUCUGUCACAGCCAUGGAGAAGAAAAGGCUAUCCUGACAGUCAGUUGUCAGAAGAAAGGCCGUGGUUGGAUUCACCUGUCGACGCUGGUGACAUUACCGUGCAAGUUCUGCCUCCUGUGCCGAAGUUGGGUCGUGACCCCUCUGAUGAGGACUGCUUCUUUGACCUCCUUAGCAAGUUCCAGAGCAGUCGCAUGGAUGACCAGCGCUGCCAUCUUGAUGAUCCACAGAACGGGGACAACGGAGAAAAUUCGACAAUUACCACCUCUCCACAGACUGAGGAGCUGUUUGAUUUGAUCGAGAGCUCUCAGAGUCGCCGUCUCGAUGACCAGCGGGUUAAUGUUGGUAAUCUUCCAGGCCUCAGGAUUACUCAUAACAACCUUGGUCACCUGGUGGGUGAGGGAGAUCAUCAAGAACCUAGUGAUGACUUCUUCAACAUGUUAAUCAAGUGCCAGUCCUCUAGGAUUGAUGAUCAGCGGUGCUCGCCGCCAGAAGCUAGCCCCCAUGCCCCCACAGUGCCUGAUGAGGACUUCUUCAGUCUCAUCCAGAGGGUGCAGGCCAAACGUAUGGAUGAGCAGCGCGUCCACCUGCCUUCAGAUGAGCAGGACAGCCCUCAGUCCCCUGACGCACAGUCCCCUGGUGGUGAUUCCAGCUAGGACUUGGCAAAUGCUGCAGAAGAACAUGCAAUGAAAACCAGAAGAAAUGAGAGAGGGGUGAGCCAACGCUGGGAGAGAACAGUGACGGCUAACGUAACAAGGAAUUUUAAUUUAAAAAGAAAAAAAACUGUUGUGCAGUAGCUGGUGCCCUGUCAAAUGCCGCUCAAUGUGUUACAUUUGAAAUGUGUGUACACAGAAAAAAAAGAAGCGUAAUUAAGCUGAGACUUGUUUUAAUACAAUAUAAAAUGGGAUUGUGCAAAUUUGGAAUGCGUACAUGAAAACGGUAAAUAUUCAAUCUAAUGCCUUAAUCAUGGGAUUUUCUUUUCCCGGACGCAAGAUUGUAUUUCCUGUUGCCAGAUGUGUUUUUAAGAGCAUGUCAUUCAGUAUAAUGUUUGUAUAAUGAUGCGACAAAUGUUUUAUUGUUUAAGCAGUUGAAAAUAUCAGAAUUGCUCUUUAAUUUUUUAUUUAAACUGGUUUGAUAAAGAUGUGAAAGGUUUACUUGCAUUAGUACUUUAGUGUGGUAUUAAUAUUAAUCCACAGCUUUUAAAGAGCAAGCCGAAUUAAAGAUGAAACAAUAAUUUAACUGUAAAUUGAUCAAAGCUGCUUUGUGGUUCUACUGCCCAAACAGACUGGUACUACAGUAUUAGUGCAGUAAUAGUAUUUGGGAGAUCCUUCCAGUGUUUCCUCACCUGGACUGUGUAUGUAUGUCACUUGGUAAUCUGACCCAAUCACUUUAAAGAAAGUUAUCAUUUGUGCAAAAAUACUUUAAACAUCACACAGUGUGCAGUAGCCCAAGUUAAUGAGCAAAAUAAAUGACUUACUCUGAUCUUAAAUUUAACAGAUCAUACUUACCGAUUUAUAGAAUAAAUCAAUCUUGAGUGAAUAUUUCAGCUUGGAUUUUAAAAUCGAAACAAACUGGUUUGCGGCUUGUAGUAUUCUGAUUUAAAGGUACUCUUCUUGGUGAUAAUAUGGAUAUAGAAAUAGUGGAGUCGGAGGGAUAAAAAGGAUCAAUAACAUUUUGAACAAUCUGAUACCUUGACAGUGGUUGUGCCCCCUCCCAAUGGUAAAAAUUUGGCAAUGACUCUAAAAUGCAGAUUGUCAUUUAUUACCUCUGCCAAGGAGAUCAUAUUUUUUUUGGUGCUGUUUUUCUGUCUGUUAACAGAUUACACAAAAACUAAAACUGAUUUUCUUGAAACUUGAUGAAACUGUAAUUGUAAAGAAGAAAUCAGGAAUUACACACACAAUAUGGUAUGAUGGGCAUUUUUCAGUACUUUUGUGAAUUUCUCGAGAUAAUGCAUAGAUAAUUCUGAAAGGAAAAAAAUAAAAAUCUGCAAUAUUUGACAGUGUUAAUAUUUACAUUACGGUGUGUUGAGAAAUUCUUAAAUACUGGAAAAAUGCCCACUCUAGCAAUCUUACAAAAAAACAAAGAAAAAAAAAUCCUGGAUCUGCCCGUUUAAUUGUCUUUUCUAAAAGGUUGAUGGUUUCAUCUAUGGCCCAUAGUCCACCCUUUCACCAAGUUUCAAGAAAAUCGCAUGUGUAAUUUUUGCGUAAUCCUGCUAAAUAUAUCUGUAACAGAGCAAUCUCUAGUUUGACAAAAAAUUAUGGGAUAAAAGGCAUGGCCUUAAAAAAAAAAAAAAAAAAAAGUAGAACAAAGCUGUAAUAACUGUAAUGCCUCCAGAUUUGAUUUUUGAGCACUUUUAUUUCGGUAGCAAGUAUUUGCUAGCUGUACAAAUGGAGGUUUUUCUAGGUUAGCGUAGGUAGUGUGCUUGUGUGUCUGUCCGUUUCUGUCUCAGAAUUCUUUGAGGCAGAGAAGAAAAAAACAAACAAAAAAAAUCAGCAGUACUUAGAGAUGCAAACUGGAAGGGGAAAAAACAAAAUGACUGAUAAAAUGUCCAGGAAUAGUGAGAGCAUCUGUAUAACGGUACAAAAAAAUCUCACGUUACAAGAACUUGCUUUUCAUUCAGAAGGAGUACAUACCUCAUUUUGUAUCUCCAGUGUCAUGCAUCUUGGUGGACCUCAGUCAGAUUGUUAGUGGGUGUGUUCAAUGAUGUCUUUGUUCGAUAACACAUUGGGACCUGCAGAUCAUUUGUUUCCUGCUUCUUGGUGAAAAAAAAAAAAAACAUUUUUAGAAAGUACUUGGUUGGUAUACUUUGUCACUGCCAUAAUUUGUACAUAUAUAUUUUGUAUUUAUGUUCCAUUUGAGGACAUGAAUGUCCCCCCCCCCCCCCCCACCAUGCUUUUAAUAAAAUGUUUCUAAUGUU